GGCGCGGGGAACGCGGGGACGGGUCAAGCAUCCGCGGCACUUAUUGUGUUUUUCUUGGGCUGCGAGCGCGCUUUGUUAUUAAAUGUAAUAGGCACGAUAAAAGCAGCGGAGCUUUGAGCAUGUACGCAGCAAUAGAUAUCUGAAUGUUAUGUUGCUAUUGUUAUAACAAUUAGUUAAAACUUAUGUUAGUUACUCAACGCUAGCAGUUUUGUUCUCACUUUGUCAAGGAAAAUUUUAAUUUCAAAUAAUUUUACUUUGGCGCCAAAUGAGCUUCCAUCCCUGGCAGUGCUUCGUGAUCAGCUGAUUUCAGUGCCUAUCAACUUAUACGUAUGCAUACCAAAAACGGUCACUCUGCACUCCAGAAUUCAUAUUCAUUGCUUACAAGCAAUUAUUAAUUUCAACUAAAUUCCUACGUGUCUCGCUUUAGUGGGCAUUAUGGCCGACAAUUUGGAGCCCCUGGAGCCCAGCCUGCAGAAUCUCGUCGAGCAGGACUCCCUCAAGUGGAUCUUCGUGGGCGGAAAAGGCGGCGUGGGCAAGACGACUUGCAGUUCUAGCCUGGCCGUUCAGCUGUCGAAAGUGCGCGAAUCCGUGCUGAUCAUAUCCACAGAUCCGGCGCACAACAUAUCGGAUGCAUUCGAUCAGAAGUUCACCAAGGUGCCCACAAAGGUUAAUGGCUUCGACAACCUGUUCGCCAUGGAAAUCGACCCAAAUGCCGGUCUCAACGAGCUGCCCGAGGAGUACUUCGAUGGCGAAAACGAGGCGCUGCGCGUGAGCAAGGGCGUCAUGCAGGAGAUGAUCAACGCCCUGCCCGGCAUCGACGAGGCGAUGAGCUAUGCGGAGGUGAUGAAGCUGGUCAAGGGCAUGAACUUCUCGGUAGUCGUCUUCGACACGGCGCCCACGGGACACACGCUGCGUCUGAUUGCAUUUCCCCAGGUGGUGGAGAAGGGGCUGGGCAAGCUGCUGCGGCUCAAGAUGAAGGUGGCGCCCCUGCUGUCACAGUUCGUCUCCAUGCUGGGCAUGGCUGAUGUGAACGCGGACACACUCUCCCAGAAGCUGGACGACAUGCUGCGCGUAAUCACCCAAGUUAACGAGCAGUUCAAAAACCCAGAUCAAACUACAUUCGUGUGCGUGUGCAUAGCAGAGUUCUUCUCGCUGUACGAGACGGAACGACUCGUGCAAGAGCUAACCAAGUGCGGCAUCGACGUCCACAACAUCAUUGUAAACCAGCUGCUGUUUCUGCAGAAGUCGCACGACUCGUGCAGCAUGUGCGCCUCCCGCUUCAAGAUUCAGGAAAAGUACCUGGACCAGAUUGCCGACCUGUACGAAGACUUCCACGUAACCAAGUUGCCGCUCCUCGAGAAAGAGGUGCGCGGCCCAGAGAGCAUCCGUUCCUUCUCCGAGAACCUUAUGAAACCCUUCGACCCCAAGGCAGAGCCCAAGGAAUAGGAUAGCCCGUCCAACCCUUUACCCAUCCGUUUCUUCUCCGAGAACCUUAUGAAACCCUUCGACCCCAAGGCAGAGCCCAAGGAAUAGGAUAGCCCGUCCAACCCUUUACCCAUCCGUUUGUAAGUUUCUUCCUUAAUUUGUGUGAACAGAAAGUGCGUAAAAUAAA